AUGGAGACAACACUAUCGUCCACCCUCGGUGCCCUGCCACCUCUACAAGACUUCUUUCCUCCCACGCCUGAGGCUUAUGUAACUCUGCUCAGCCUCUUCCAAUUCUUCCCUCUUUUCACCAUUAUCCAAUGGCUCACAUCCUGGCAUGGUGCGGGGAAAACCUCUUCCAAGAACUCAUACUUCAAUAUCCCAGGAAGAUUUGCCUGGUUCGCCAUGGAAAUCGCAGGGCCCAUUAACCUGCUCUACAUCCUCUACCACCUCCCAGCCAAACUUAGCAUCCGAACCCUCCCCCUCCCAAACAAGCUAGUGGCCUCUCUAUACCUCCUCCACUAUGUUAAUAGGGCCAUUAUCUCGCCAUUCGUCUCAGCGCCAAGCAUGUCACCUAUCCAUGCCUUUGUUGCUAUCGCAGCCGUGUUCUUCAACUGGUUCAACUCCUCGUGUUUGGCUGGCUGGCUGGUAGGAUAUAACGUUACCACGAUCCCGGGAUACUACCCGCUCUCACAGGCCUCAAUCACAACACCAGAGAAGGCUCUCGAAGAAAGCCUCGCCAGCACAGCAGGCACUUCUCUCCUCCUCCCAGUCACCGGCCUAGUCCUCUUUUUUGGCGGCAUGGCAGGAAACAUCUACGCAGAACGAACUCUCUUCCGUCUCCGCCGCGAGCAAGCAGACACCAAAAAGUCUAGUAAGGACAACGAAACGUCAGACCUAGCAGACUCCGACUCUGCCGCAAAACAAAAGAACAAAUACCAUAAAGUCUACGUCAUCCCACCCGCCGCCGGCCUUUUCAGCUCAAUCCUGUACCCGCACUACGUCUGCGAAUGGAUUGAAUGGACCGGGUUUGCGCUCGUAGGCACAACCGUUUUCCCAGCGCUCACCCCGCCAUCCAUAAUCCCCGACGUACUGAGCACGAGUACAGCUGGUGCGAUGACAGCGGGGCCGGUGCUCCGUCUCGCGCCCUGGCUGGUUCCUGCUGUGUGGCUUGCGGGCAAAUUGAGGGUUCCGGUGUUGCCAUUGCCGGCGAUAGUGUUUGUUAUCAAUGCGGUUGCGAAUAUGUUGCCGCAUGCGCGGUGGGGGAGGAAAUGGUAUGUUGAGAGGUUUGGGGAGGAUGGUGUUGGUGGACGAGGGGCGGUUGUGCCGUUUGUCUCUUGGAUGUAG